GAUUCCUAGGAGACCGCGGCAGUGCCGCGAGCCGCGGCGCGUGGACUCGGACCCGGACCCAGCCGGGUGCGGAGGCGCCAGAGCGCCAAGACGACUGAGAGAUGACGGCUGGGAGCCCCGGAGACUGCGGGGAGUUGCGGAGGAGCCCCGAGCGCCGCGUCUCCCGCCUGGGCCGCCGCCUGGGCCGCCGGCGGCGCCCGCGCUCCCCGCCCGAGCCCCUGCGGGUGCGGGCGCGGCUGCGGCUGCGCUCGCCGUCGGGGGCGUUCGCGGCGCUGGGGGCGCUCGUGGUCCUGGUGGGCAUGGGCAUCGCAGUGGCCGGCUACUGGCCGCACCGCGCCGGGGUCCCGGGGCCCCGGGCUGCAAACGCCAGCGCGCCCCCCAUGAGCGAGCUGCGGCGCGAGGGUCGGGGCGCCGGCCGGGCCCACGGCCCGCACGAGCGGCUGCGACUCCUUGGGCCCGUGGUCAUGGGCGUCGGCCUGUUCGUGUUCAUCUGCGCCAACACGCUGCUCUACGAGAACCGAGACUUGGAGACGCGACGGCUUCGUCAGGGGGUGCUGCGGGCUCAGGCGCUCCGACCCCCGGACGGCCCGGGCUGGGACUGCGCUCUCCUCCCCAGCCCCGGCCCCAGGACUCCCCGAGCCAUAGGCUGCGUGGAGCCAGAAAGCUGGGACCUGUCCCCGCGUCGGGGUACCUCACCAGUCCCGUCAGUGCGGAGUCUGCGUUCAGAGCCUGCUAAUCCUCGCUUGGGGUUACCUGCCCUGCUCAACAGUUACCCGCUGAAGGGCCCAGGGCUGCACCCACCCUGGGGUCCACGGACCCAGACUGGCCAUGUGAUUAUCACCGUGCAGCCCUCUGGUUCCUGCAUUGAACAUUCCAAGUCUCUGGAUCUGGGCCUUGGGGAGCUCCUGCUUAGGGCCCCAGCAGCUCGGGACUGUGCUCACCGAAGCUGGCCACGGCUGGACCGCCUUAGUCUGGGGGGUUACGCCAAGUUGGGAGGAGGAGGGGACUUGGGGGCCCGGGUCUGAGGAGCAGGGGACAGCCUGCUAUGAGGCUGCAGCAUGGACCAUGGUACAGGACUAGGACUGGGAGUCCCAAUGUCUAGUAGAUGCUUCAGCCACAUCCCAGACUGGGGAUGGAUGCUCUGGCCCCAGCAGCUGCUAAGGCAUCCUGACUUGCAUGUCGGCAGAGAAAUGCCAACCGCACAAGGGUUCAAAAAGCCGGAGAGAAUGUGUUUUAACGUGGAAUCUGGAGACCAGCAUGACUCAGCCUUAGGAAUUCCUUCAGCCUCCAAAAGUGGCCUUAGCCCUGGACAGGUACCUGAGGGGGCUGGAGGUCUAGGCCAGGGUGAUUAGGAGAUGUAUCUGGUGUCUUGGCAAACCCAAAGUGGUGGGCAAGGACCCUAAGACUUGGAAGGUAGGUUGUGAUGUUACAGGCUGGGACAGGCUCCCUCCAAGGUGGCACUAGUGAUAGGGUUUGGGCCUCUGGGAAGACGGGCAAUGGGGUGGAGUUGAGAUGUUCCACCGCCACCUGGGAUGGAGACUGAGCCUUUAACUCCUACCACCUCAACCCCUUCCCCCCCUCAGCCAUGCAAGGUAUAUCCCACGAGGGCUACACUACUGCCAAUGCCUUCACACUGAGGGUCUGGCCCCCCCCCAAAGAGGUCUGAGAAGCCCCCUUUCUCUCCUUUGUCGUGGCCUGUGCCACGAUGAGGGUCUGGCCCCUCCCCAAAGAGGUCUGAGAAGCCCCCUUUCUCUCCUUUGUCGUGGCCUGUGCCACGAAAUUUCCCUCCAGUUGGCAAAAAGUGUAUGCCAGUUCCCAGAAAUCCUUUUAUAUGUUGAAGCUGCAUUUUGGUCAAUGUGGACAGCUUUAGAAAAUGGCUUGGAUUUGGGUCUUCCUGUCGCAUGUUUAAUUUUUCCCAAGUUGCCGGUAGGAGAAGAGAACUUUAAAAGUUGAUCAAUCUUCACAGAGUCAGUCCUUUUUUUUUUUUUUUUUAAGUUUAUU